ACGUAAUGCUAUCGGCGAGCCAGUCUGACGCCAGGCACCGCGACGCUAUGACGUCACUGGUCCGCGUUUUUCCACCGAUCGUUCCACGAAAGCGACGCCUAUCGAACACCGAGUGACGAGCGAUCCUCUCGACAAAGAUACACCAUACCUCCAAACAAAUCUAAUCCAAAUUAAAUCUUUCCUCCGUUGCAUCGAGUGAGAUAAAGCGAGGAGAGAGACAAUUCUUCAUUUUUCCAUUCGAAACGUUUUCGAAAAGGAAUUCGGUCGGUGAUCGAUCAAUUCUCUUCGGUUCACACUGCGAGGAAACGCGCGAGAUGCGAGGCGAGCGGUGAGAGACUCGCCUGGAGAAUUAUUAGAAACGGAGAACACGUUGCGAGGCGAAGAAAGGGAUUGACCGUUCGAGAGAGAGAGAAAGAGAGAGGAUAGCGGAGAAACAUGGGGAAGAAGAACAGCAAGUUGAAACAGGAUACCAUCGAUCGACUCACCAGUGACACGUAUUUUACCGAGAAGGAGAUUCGACAAUGGCACAAAGGAUUCCUGAAAGACUGCCCCGACGGGUUGCUGACGGAACAGGGUUUCAUAAAGAUCUACAAGCAGUUUUUUCCCCACGGCGAUCCAUCGAAAUUCGCCUCCCUCGUUUUCAGAGUGUUCGACGAAAAUAGCGACGGCACGAUAGAAUUCGAAGAGUUCAUAAGGGCGCUCUCGGUGACGUCGCGCGGAAACUUGGACGAGAAACUUCACUGGGCGUUUCGACUCUAUGACGUGGAUAACGAUGGUUUCAUCACAAGGGAGGAAAUGUACAAUAUCGUGGACGCGAUGUACGAGAUGGUGGGUCAACAGCCGCAGGCGGAAGACGAGAACACGCCGCAGAAAAGGGUGGACAAGAUCUUCGAUCAAAUGGACAAGAACCACGACGACAAGCUGACCCUGGAGGAGUUUCGGGAGGGCAGCAAGGCCGACCCGAGGAUCGUGCAGGCGCUGUCGCUAGGCGGCGAGUAACGGCAGGCCUCCUCGAGGCCGGACAAAUCGUCGUCGUUCGUUUCAAGCCGAACGAUCGCCCCGUCGCCUCGGUCCGGUCGUCGAAACGGAUAAGAGAGAAAGAGAGAGAGAGAGAGAGAGAGAAAAGAAAGAAAGAGAGAUGUCGGGGGUCAAAUCCGUUGCACCACAGCCCGGCGUACACGCAUACGUAGGUACAGUUGUGAUCGAGAAAAAAAAAGAAGAGGAGGAGGAGGAGGAGGAGGAGGAAAAAUUAUUGAAUCGACACGACGAGAUAUAUCUCCUCUUGUCACACUUCUCUCUCUUCCUAUCGCUAUCCAUUUUUCUCUAUCUCUCUAUGUUUCUUUCUCCUCGCGCGCGCGGAGGACGACGUUGUUUCUUUCCCUUUUUGCACGAAUCGUUUGAGAAAAUUGUUGCGAUCGUAGCAAGAAGAUAGGAACAGUAGAGAAUCUCAGAGUAGUGGCUUGAUGAUCGUCGAUUUUAUAGAUUCUUUGUAUUCGAAACGACGUUUACGACGUUUACAACCGAUUUUCUUUGUACGAACGACACAAUUGGGGAGGUGGUUGGGGGAGAAAAAGAAAAGAAAAGAAAUAUUCGAAGGAUGGAAAUCGAUUGAUUUUGAAAUCGUGAGAAAUCUUGCUCGAAGUAAUGGACGAUUAAUUUCAAAGAAAACGCUGUUGUUCGAAAUGAGAUAGGGGGACGAUGAUCGAUGAUCAAUUGGAAGUAAAAAUUAAUUUCGUAUAGCGAGGAAGAAAAUUGUUUUCUCGAAAUUGUAAUUUCAAAUUUGUUCUCGAAGAAAAUUAAGAAAAGUGAAGAUUUUUCUUCGAUGAAAUUUUAUGAACGUAAUUAUUUUUUAAUGGGAAUAUCAUUGGAAUCAAUAAUAAACGAGAUACUUUUUAAUUAAAAAAGUUCGGAAUUUUUAGUAUUCUAUCUAAUCCUUGUUGUUGAAAAAAAUUCUCAAGGCAAGAUCGUAUUCGAAAGACGAUGAAAUUUCAAAAGUUUUGAUUCAACUUUUUAAUUUAAUUUUCUCAAAGAGAUACCUUGAUUGAUAAAAAGGAAAAAAAAAAAAUUGCCUCGUGCAUAAUUCGAAGCUUUAUUAAAAAUCGGAAAUUUUUUUUUUAAAUCACUCCUUGAACUUUCCCCUUUUUUCAACAAGAGAACUUUUCUUUCUCGCUCCAAGCACAAAGAAAUAUUUAUUAUUUUGCGCCAAGAGUUUCUGGAAAAUUGAACAUUGACCCCCGCGUAUUAUUCCCGCGAGAAAUGAAUGCAAAGUAAAAAAAAAAAAAAAAGAAAGAAAACAUUGAUGGAAAAAAGGUCAGAAGUAAGAAGUGAUUAAAAUAAGAGGAAAGUGAAAAGGACAAACGUUUCAUCGACCCACUCUGACUUUUUUUCUUUCUUUUUUUUUUUUUUCUUUUUUCUGCGAAACGUUGGUCGAAUACGAAUACGCGUGUAAUACGAUGAAUCCAGAAAAAAGAAGGAGAGAAUGGCCGUGACAAAAGAAAAAAAGAAAAAGAAAAAGUGCAGUCAAGGGUUAUUCUUUUCUCCUGCGAAUUCGUAUUGAAAUACCUCCUUCGAAAAAAAAAAACAUUUUUAUCCACGUCUCUUUGAUCCUUUGCAUUCUCUUCCCUCUGAUAGUUGGUAAAAAAAGAAACAAAAAAAAUUGAAUCUUAUUACGAGAGAUGAAUUCAAUUGAAACAUCGAAACUGAUUGAAAUAAAAAAAAAACGUAUAAAAAAUUAGAUCUCUUGAGAAGAUAAAUUAUUGCAAAAAAAUAAUUCUGGAUAUUUCUCACGAAAUUCGAGAAUCUAAGAAUCACGUUUCAACUCGUCCCUUAUUUAUUAUCCUUUCCAAAAAGAAGCUAGAAAAGUUUCCAAAAUCAAAAAUGGACGUCGAAACGAUACAUCGAGGAAGGUUUGGAAGGAAAUAGGGGAAGCAGAUUCGUCCGCCUCACCCUCAUUCGUUUAAUAUUUUCCACGGGGAGGAAUCCAAACUGCUAUCAAAUGCAAUCGAGUAUUCCUCCCACGUAUCGGCGCUCAAAGAGGUGCAAAGGGAGAAAUUUUUCGCGAAGACGUUACGUAUUUCUCGUAUCUCCGAGGGGGUCCGUAUCUCGUUAAAAAAUCAGUCGAACGAAUUACGAUUUAAACGUAUUCCGGUUCGCAGACAAAGACGGUCCAUGAAAGAUUCAGGGGAUUCCGGCUGCGGUGUCUGAUAUCGCGAAAAAAGGAAAAACAGGAGACGAGAAAAUUUACUUCGAUUUUACAAUGUUCGCCUUCUCAACCGUUCUAUCUGCACAACUGUUUUUUCACCUUCCUUCUCUUCUCGUUUUUUCAGUUUCUUUUUUUUCCUAUUUACAGAUUCACGUGGCCUAUCAUACGGCCGACUUCUAUUUUUUAUUUGGAAAAAGAGAGAGAGAAGAAAAAGAAAUAUGGGAGAGCAGAGUAAAAACUUCAUUUGACGUGGACGCAUUAAAAAUUGGCAGUUUGAUAAACAUUGGUAAAUGAGGGAUAUCUAGCUGGUAAAAGUUCGAUAGCAAUAGUUCGAGCAAAAUUGAAACGCAAAGAGGAGAGUGAUAUCGAUGAUUGCGAAAUAGAAACUUCUCCGUUCCUCGUUUACAUCUUUACAUUACCUACGAUAUCAUUUCUCGUUUCAAUGGUAGCAAAACGAGAAAUUGCAAUCGUGAAAAGGGGCAUCUCCGAAAAGCUCGUGUUCUGAUUUGAAUGGAUCUCUUUGAUUCCUUUCCAUUUCACAAGAAAUUUCAGAUUCGUUAAAAUUCCUUGAUAGACGUACGAAACGAGAUAUUAUUUCGAAAUUAACUGUGGAGAAACGAUCGUAAUUCUAGAAAUAACGAUUGUAUUAAAAAGAAGAAUAUUUUUUGAUGUUAUUAAGCGAAGAUACGAUUAAUUAAAAGUGGCGGACAAUUCGUUCGGUAAUCUUCGUACGCAUUCGGAUACUUUCGGAUAAGCUCGGCCGAUCUUUGCCGAUCCAAUCCGGAAAUUCGAAAAUUCGCGCGCACCACUAAGUUUAUGGCAAAGUGAAACGAAGUUUAAGCGGCUCGUUGAUACGCUUAUCAAAGUUCGUUAUAGCGCAAUUUCACGCCAUCUGCCUUCAGACGUUGAUAAACUUGUAGAUAUAUUUCCUCUUAAUUCUUAUUCUUUGAUAUUUCUCCGCAAUUAUUUCAUCCACCUCGUUCAAUUAUAUUCAGAAAUAAUUAAUUUAUAGUCGACGAUAUUUGUAUUUUACGCUCUUAUUCGCGCCGAAUAUCGACGAUAAAACACACCCUCCUGCUCAAAUAGUCCUCGAAGGGUUAAUUUAGCGGCAUAACGACCGCUCUUUAUGUAGCAAACAAUUCCGAAACAACGAUUAAUCUUAACGCGCUCGCUUCUCGAAACUUAUUCCCCGAGAAAUUUCUAUCACCGAACGUGAAAGCACUUGACAUUAACAUAUUACACAUGCCUUUUACAUUUUUCCUUUCGUGAUAUUCUCCAAUUUUCUUUAUUAAUAUACCAGUGAUAUAUGCUUGUACGUGGUAUAAAUACGCAAUGUAUAUGCAUAUCUUUACAUAACAAUUAAAUUCUUAUCGUACCUCGCAUUUCAAUCGACUUAUAAAGAUCCAAUCUUCCGUUCUCUGUUAUAUUAUUUUCAAAAUAAAAAUAUAAAUUAAAGUGCAUCGUGUUUACGAAUCUUUCUUUACACGAUUACAUUUUUCCAUCAAUGAACGAGGCUCGCGUAACGAUAUAUAUUACAAAGUAAAUUUUUUUGAAAAUUUCGCGAACUAUCGCAUUUAUUUUCGACGCAAGUUUACACAAAUUCGCCCGAUUUAUUCGCGACAUGUUUUCCAAAACAAGUUCAAAAUCGUUUUUAAAAUUUUUCCCCGUAAAAUCAAUAAUAACAAUCGUUUUACACCGUAACUUUUCCUGUACGCUUUCCCACUGCUACGCUCCGACCAUCGAUCGUCAUUACGUACCGAGUUUACCACCGGUGAAAUGUUUUCGAAAAACCAAACAACUUUUCGCGUUUUGGCUUAACGAGCGCACUCGAAUCGAAAACUUUCCGCUCGGAUUCAAACUUUUCGUGGUUUAGAAUGGUAAUGCGCGCAAUGUUCGUUUAGAGGGAUAUAUCGUUCGUUUCGUGGAUGUUUGCGCCAUUACAUAAAUUAUGCCGCCAUCGUCGUUCCCACUGUCGCCGUCUUGUCGCGUACAUUUAUAUAUAUAUAUAUGUGUGUGUACACGUAUGAAUAACAGACGCGAAAAUUAUAAUUUCGGAUAUGCGAAGCAUGCUUCUGUAUACGCCCCAGGGAUUACAGUCCGUGAUAAAUAAUACUUUGAAUAAAUCAAAGUGAUUUUUUUUUUUAGAUCCACUUCAUUCCAGCUCUGGUUUAUUUUUAACUAUAUUUAUUCAGAUAUUUUUUCUCGUUCGAUCACUGUUUUUGAGUGGAAUAAAUGUAAAUUUAUAGUACUUAUAAAAAUAUCAGAAUCGAUACAAAUUUUUUUAAACAAUCAAUAAUUUCCAACAUGUUCAACUAACAAUAAAUUUUUUCGAUGUAUCUUCUUGAAUUUGAUUUUGAAACACUUCACAUUUUUUGUAUUCUAUUUCAUAAAUAGAUUUCUCAAUAGAUUAUUCAACUAAUUCAAUUUAUUCGAAAUAAAAAACAUUCUUGUUAUUAUUAUGGACUUAUUAUAUUAUUUAUGGACGGUAUUAUUUUUCCUGGAUUUUAAGGACAAGAAAUAAAAUUCCGUUUCGAGUGAUAUAGCAUUCUCAAUUAGCCAAUAAUCCCUCGAUCUUGCAAGUUUAAUCGGUUAAAUCGACGCGCAACCCCUCGCGCGAUCGCAUCAAUUUUAAAUGGCGCCGAUAUUCAUAGCUCGGAGAACUCGCCCUCUUUCGUCGAUUAUAUUAACAUCGGAUAUCGGUCGAGUCCAACAAAUAUUUAGUAACUAGAAUCGCGCAUGCGCGACCUCCUCGCUAAAAUCCCCAACGCUAUCUUCGCUCGAUGAAAAAUCUCUCGAUAUUGGCAAACUUCCCAUUAUUCUUCCUUCAUCGCCGUCUUCUAUUAGACUCACGUGAAAACAUUCGAUACCACUAUAUCCGCAAAUAUCACCCUUUGCCCAUCUUCUUACGAUCGCUUUGGUCUUUUUUUCGAUUUAUUCACGAUUCGUUGCGCUUCUCCUCGUUAUUCCACCCUCGUGCACGAUGAAAUUUACGGGAAAAUUUCGCUCCCGUGCUUUCGAUUCUCGUGCGAGACGAAUGACAAAUUUGUUUAAAUUUCUUGUUUAAAUAGAAUUUUAAUACGUUUAAUUAUAAAUUGGAUAUUUUGCAAUUUGGAACUAAUAUUGUAUAUCGAGAGUUUGUUUAAAGAGUGAGAUCGAAACUUCGAAAACGAAAUCUUGAAACUUAAGAAAUUCUCGAAUUGAGAAACUUUUCGAUAAUUUUGUGAUGAUAUAAAGAAACAUUUUUAUUAAACUUUAAUAAAUACCUGUUUCACAAACUUAAGUUUGAGAAAUGUUAAAAAUUUUAAUUUUUGAUACAGAAGAUUUUUUUUUUAAAAAGACUAGAAGAAAGAAAGAAAUAAGAAGAAUAGAAUUUUUUAAACUUCGCAAAGUUUCAACUUCAAGUUGGGAUCGAAGUCCUUUUGUGUUAUUAGAAUAUCCACUGUGACAUAAUUUUUUCGACUUGUAUAAAUUUCACGGAGCGAUGUAAAAUGGCGCGAGAAACGAACGAGCAAGUAUAGAUAAACAACGGAGUAAAAUACGCGUUCGCGGCGAAAAAUCCUUUGAAAUCUUAGCUCCAAGCUACGAUACUUUCUUUUCCUCACCUCGCCGCCGCGCGCACGAAACUUUAAUCGACGAAUAAAAUAUCUUCGAGCCAUAAAAUUCCUUCCCCGAUUUCCAUUUUCUCUUUCCAUUCUUCCCAUUUCUUCUCCAUUUGUUAAAAUUCACAAACCAUCUUAUAUCACGGCAACCAAAAAUUCCUUUCUUUUUCCGUAAUCGAAAAUAUUUUUCCUCGAAAAUAUCUACAGGGUUUAACAAGUCACUUGUUGCAUCCUGACACGUAAUCUGACACAAAGCAAAUAUGUAUAUUUCUCCAACAAAUCAACAGAAAAAAAUAUUUGACAUCUUUUUUUUUCCAUCAAUUAAUUUCCAUCGUUCGAAACAAAAUUUGAAGAGGUUUUCAAGAAAAAAAAAAGAAAAAAGAUAAACAUUUCUCCUUUGUCGUUCGUACAACAAAAUCGUUCUCAAUUAGAACGUAAUGAAAAAAAAAAAAACUUUUGAUCUAUCUUGCGAUCUGUAGCGAGAAAGAAACUUUAAACGAUCUUAUAGAUAGAAUUAGAAUUUACUCUUGUUCCUUGUCAAAUCGAAAAAGUUUUUCUGGCGCCGUGAUCGUGCGGUGCAACGAUAAGAUAACGGGUUACAUUUUUAAACGGAAAGACGCGUAGACGUAGAAAAAAAUAUGGGUUCGCGCGUGCGACACGAAAUAUAUAUAUAUAUAUAUAUAUAUAUUACCUGUAUGCGUGCUACGUUCGGCAACGCGUCGAGCACGCGCUUUUUUUUUCCUUUCGAAAAAAAAAAAAAAAUCGAAAAAACGACGACAUACGCAAAAAAAUACUCCUCGUCACGUCUCGCGUCUCGAAAUCGUAAUUCGUCGCGCGAAUUACUAAUUUCUCGGAAAUUUAAUAAAAGGCAAAGAGGGACGCGAGAGAACGAAUGAACUUGUUGUCGAAUCACUCGAUCGAUCGUUGUCAAACAGUAGCAAUAAUCGAGGAAUUUUGUUAGGCGCUGAUGAUUGCGAAAUUUUUGACGAAAAUGAAUUUUAAUUCAAUCCAUCGAUAUUCUUUAAGAAGAGGCGAUUACUUCGAAGGAUAGAGAUACCGCACAGGUGAUUGUACGACGAAACUCGUCGAUCACGAGUUUACGACGAUGAGUUUAUUUUUUUUUUUCUCAGUUCUAUUAUAUAUAGAAUAAAUUCAAUUAUCAAUUUUCAAUCGAUAAAUUUUAUUUCGCGAAUAAGUUUUCGGAAGAAGUGUGUAAUUUUCUCGAGGAUAUAUUUAAAGUCUCUUCGAAAAUAUUCCAUCUAUAGCAUUUCUUUAUCUCUAAAGACAUAUUGAUAUAAAUAUUUGAACUUUAACUUUUUACUUAUUAUUGAGUUUAGUUAUUUUCAAAGUGUGUUUUACAAGGAUCUUACGAGGAUAAAAUUGUUGAUUUUUGAUGAAAUUAUAAAUAUAAUUCCAUUAUAAAUGGAAUUAUAUAUUUUAUUCGUGGCUAGAAGAAAAAUUUAUGUCGAAACGAUUAAUCUUAAAAUAAAGUAAGAAAGUUCUAUGCGUUUGUAAGGCAAAAAACAAAAUGAUACAAAUGAUUCAUGUUAUGUUUCGAAAUGCAAGAUGGAAUAUUAGAAGGAAUAUAUUCGAUGAUUGUGAAGUUAACCUGUAUAAUGAUUCGAAAAUAUUUGCAACUUUUACGGAACACUUAAAUAUUCAUGUUUAUUUAUCCGUAUCGUUUUUUCAUUAUAUCAGAAUAUCGUCGUUAUUCGUAUCGACUAGAUGCAAAAGUACAGAUUUCCUUUAUCGGAGAUUCUUAACCUUCUCGACUUCGUAAUUUAAGAGUCUAUCGAUUUAAUUGAUAUCGUUCGUAUAAUUUCUACACUUGAAAAACUUAUUUUUGAAUUUAGAAAUAUAAUUUCCAAUUAUAUUACUUAUCCAUUUCAACUUGAUAUAUUAUAUAUAGAAAUAAUCCAGCUGGAUAAUCGUUUCGAGAAAUAAGAAUCGCCGAUUUUCACCUGAAUUUAUUUAAUCGAUAAUUCGUUAUCGAUUAGUCGAAGCCGCGUGCAAAUGAAAAAGCAGCUCGAUACGAUCGAGACAAAUCGGAUUAUAAAUUAUACUCGUUCGUAUACCAGCGAAUCACGGACUGAGAGUUGACUUAAUUAAGUAAUUUUUACAUUUUCAUGGUGAUUAAUAAACGAUAAGAAAUGAAAA